UGUCAACUUUGAAGAUGUGGCCGAUACUGAUGCAGUUUCUCCGGAGCAAAGCUCCAUAUUUGACACUCCCCUUUGCAGCCGUCAUAGGCGUUAUAGGCUACAACUUGGAGGGAUACUUCUCUGAUAGAUACACUCCUUAUAACAAAGCGAUAGAAGACCAGAGACUAGAGAGGCAGGAGGACAAACUGCUCGCGGACCCGACCAAUGUUGAGAAGCUGAAGUAUAAAGAAAAUGUUUUAGGGAAAAAUGUGUCACCGUCAUUACAAAAAUAGAUAGAUAAAAAGAAAUAGACCAGUAAAGAUGUAAGAGUCAUUCUAUA